AAAUGAGGUGAAGUUAGCUACCGCUAAUCUGAACGUGAAGCAAAGUUGGCUAUUGCUAGCUGGCGCUGCAUAACUACCGUUAGCUACAGUUGUGUGACGACGUUUCGGUUAUCUUCCACAGUUGUCCACCGUUUGUCCUCAUUCACACCAAAAUAGCUGGCGGUGUUUUAAAGCAGGCGUUUGAGUUAAAACCUGCAAUGGUCGCUAAAGGCACCGGGCAGUAGGAACCGUGGUGGCAUGGAGGACACCUGAGGACGGUUGGACACAUUGGAUGGCUCCGUCGACCUCCAGGAGCCGGCUGAUACCAGAGAUUGGGCUGAUACUGCUGCAUGCGUUUGGCUGUAGAUCUGUGCUUGGAUCCAGUCCAGCUGUACGCUCUCAUUUAUCUUGAGGAAACCUAUGCCAUGAAGCAUGGACCUCUGACAGAAAUGCUGUGCUGCAUGGCCUUGAAGCGGGACUCCUUGCCUCUACCUAAGGCUGAAUGGUAUUAAAUUUAUAUAGAAGUGAUUAAGAGUUAAGCAGACAAGAAUAACACUUUAGAAUUUUUUUCCCCCUAAUUUGCAUUCAACUGCACUUGUCACAGAUGUAGUACAAAAUGCACAGUAUAAAGCACUAACUUGGCACUGGACCCAACAGGUUCUUCACCUCUGUUCGCACCUCUUCAAUGAAAAGAGCCCUAAUGUUUACAAAUUGGGAUUGAUCCCCCACCUCCUCCCUCAGCUCUCAGGCCUGAUUAUUCCCUCACCCAUGUUCAGUAUUUUGUAAUUCAUCUGUAUUCCAUCUUGUGGAAUUAAAACACUCGGCUCAGUGCUGAAAGGUUACCAGUGGAUUACUUUCCAGCAGCAAUCAUAGCUAUUUGCAAACGUUUUUGCACAGGAGGCUUAAGUUGUCGCUGCUGAACUAUCAGUCAUGAGUACCGGCGAGUUGCAUCAUCUUGACUAUCUAAAUGAAAAUGAACUGAUGGAGAUGGAUACGUUCAUUCACCGCAUUGACUCCACAGAGGUGAUCUACCAGCCACGGAGGAAGAGGGCAAAGCUGAUAGGAAAGUACUUGAUGGGGGAUCUGCUAGGGGAGGGGUCUUAUGGCAAAGUGAAAGAGAUGCUGGACUCAGAGACACUAUGUCGCAGGGCUGUGAAAAUACUGAAGAAGAAGAAGCUGAGGAGGAUUCCCAAUGGAGAAGCCAAUGUGAAAAAGGAGAUUCAGCUGCUAAGAAGACUCCAACACAAGAAUGUGAUUCAGUUGGUGGAUGUGCUCUACAAUGAAGAGAAGCAGAAAAUGUAUAUGGUGAUGGAGUAUUGCGUUUGUGGGAUGCAAGAAAUGCUGGACAGUGUCCCAGAAAAAAGGUUUCCAGUAUUUCAAGCUCACGGGUACUUUUGCCAACUCUUAGAUGGCCUUGAAUAUUUGCACAGCCAGGGAAUAGUUCACAAAGACAUUAAACCAGGGAAUCUGCUGCUGACCACAGACGGGGCACUAAAAAUCUCUGACCUGGGAGUAGCAGAGGCCCUUCACCCAUUUGCAGAGGAUGACACAUGUCGCACCAGUCAAGGCUCUCCGGCCUUCCAGCCUCCAGAGAUUGCCAAUGGACUGGACACCUUUUCAGGGUUUAAAGUGGACAUUUGGUCUGCUGGAGUAACACUAUACAACAUUACAACAAGCCUGUAUCCGUUUGAGGGGGACAACAUCUAUAAGCUAUUUGAGAACAUUGGAAAAGGAGACUACACUAUUCCUGAGGAGUGUGGACCCCUCCUGUCCGACCUGCUGCGAGGAAUGCUUGAGUACGACCCUGCGAAGAGGUUUUCCAUACAGAACAUAAGGCAACACAACUGGGUGCGUAAGAAACACCCUCCGUCUGAGCCCCCUGUGCCCAUCCCUGCCAGUGCAGAGAGCAGGGAUCCUUGGCGGAGUAUGACGGUGGUGCCCUACCUGGAGGAUCUGCACGGCUACACAGAGGAGGAUGAUGACGAGCUCUACGAUGGAGAGGAUGAGAUCAUAUACACUCAGGACUUUACAGUGCCAGGACAAGUGGCCGAAGAGGAUCGGGAUCAGGGGCACGCGGACCACAGUCCAGCUCUAGCCAAGCCAGUUUGUGUGAACGGGACAGAGGGGGGGUCUCUGAACAGCAAGGCCAAAGCUGAACGCAGAUCCUCCUCUUCAUCCAACCCCUCACGUAAAGGAGUCUCCACAGCCAGCAAGAUCCGCAAGCUCUCCACCUGCAAACAGCAAUGACCCCCUCCCCUUCCUCCCUCGGCAACCACCCACCUGGUUGAUCUGUCCCCGUCCUUCUGUGUCUGGACUCCUCACAGUUGUGAGAGAAACCUGCUGACGUUAAUGCCCCCAUACCUCCUUGGACCACUGGCCUGCAGAGUCUUUUGAAGAUGCGGUAUGAGUGACGGGGAGGAGGAGGACAGCAUGAAAUGUUCUUUUUGCUCUGAGACUGAGGCACUGGCUGUGAAGAUGGUGGUUUUUUUUUCCUCCCAUAUUUUGGCUCCUUUAAACUCUUGUCAUCCAGUUCUGUCAUCUCCCCUCUCCAUCCUGUCGUCCUCUUAGGAGGGCCAAAUGUUGCACCGGACGUUACAAACAUCAUCACCCCUGUACCCCACCCAUCCACCCCACUCUUCCCCACCUUCUGUUUCUUUGACUACCUUUGUUUUUACAGAACCCUAAUGGCAGUUUUUAAAACACAUUGUGAUGUGUAAAAAAUUAAAGAGGAAAAAAAAAGAUAACAAAAGUUAUGAAUAAUUCUAUAUUUAAAUCUAUAAUGAGAAUAAUUAUGAUAGUACUCUACUACCACCAACAUAAAAAACUGCAUGCUGUACAGAGCUGGACGAAAGGGAAAGUGCUUGGUUUGUGGACAGACUGAUAGACUGAAGCCUUGAGAUCCACCGCUGACCUGUUGGGGAUUUUUGAUUUCCAUUUAGGUUUUUUUUUUUUUUCUUUUUCUUUUUUCCAAUGAAUAUUUUUUAAUUAUUAUUUAUAUAAAAUAUGUCCCAAACAGGCUAUUUUGUUGGAUGAUCCUUUCUGUUUCAUUUUGAGUUGAACAUAUUUUUAUUAUGACGUACACGUCAGUGGUUUAUGUCCCUUUUUUUUUCCUUUUUUUUUUUCUUUUUUCUUUUUUUUUUCAGUGUUCAUUAUUUCACCAAUCCUUUACAAGGUUAGACUUCUGUAGGAGUAUGCUCGUCUUUCUCUGGUGUUUGCACUAGUUCGUAGUCAGAUCCUAGAAUAUCAAGAGCCGGUGCCGCUCAGCUGCAGGCGGUGUGCUGUCACAAUCACCCAGUCGCCUGUUUUCUAGCGAUGCUGCUCUUUGUUGCGCCGAUCACAUCAGCGGGAGCCCCCCCCCCCUCUUGCGCAGCCAGGCCCAUCGUCAGUCCCUCUCUGGGAAUAGAUCAGAGAGCAGGUGAGUCACAACUCUGAGGGAGGGAGAGAGCAGCACUUCCCACGUCAGCAAGGUCGACAGAGAGAUCCUGCGUUCGACGAGGAAGGAUGAAGAGAUGUGUCGCUUUAACAGGCUGAAGAAUAUUUCAGCGGUAUGAUUAGUAUGUCAGGACACCUUUUGCUUUCUGUUCUCAUGGUAAUGACUCCGCUGUUAUGACGUUUUCACACAGUACAUGAAUCACAUUACAACAGCAUAAAAUCACAGGUUGGGGAGUCACUUUUAUUUGUUUUAUUCAGAAAAAUGUUCAGUCCAAAAUGAAUAUGUGCCUCAGUUGGUCCCACAAGGUCUAGCCUUUGUCAAGGCUGCAAGACAUUUGGAUUUUCUGCACUACUCUUUUUACAAUAAAGCAGAUGGUUCACCAUGGAUGAGGACAGAGACAUGAGUUUCAUAACAUACACACAGUCAUGUACUGUAGCUCAAACCCAAGUCCGUGUGAAAGGAAAGAGGGACAAGCUGUACCCACCAUCGCAGUUUCCCAGAUGACAUCACACAUAACAUGCAGCAAUGUUCUCGUGUUGAAGAGAUGCAAUUUAACAUGAAUGCAAAACGAAUAUUACAUUUUACAUCCAUACUGGCAGAGCGAGUGGAGGGAAAGCUGUUAAACCUGUGACUUUAACGUGUGAAGACAGGAUAUCUGCAGAGUAUUACCUCAAGGGUAGGGCUGCCAAUAUUCUAUAUUUUUAUUAAUGUCCACAAAUUGAAUGAAAACCAACAAGGGUUGUUUCUUAGGGGUGUAAAUCACAAGUUCCAUCUCAAUAUGAUAUAUCAAUUCUUCGGACAACAAUAACAUUUGCUGUUACCACAAAAUCUGCCAUGAGGCUGCGAUUGAUAUGAGACGAUACCACUAAAUUUCCUCACCACCUUUUUCUUGGCUGCUUGACAUUAUCUGCCUCUGUUAUGCGGCUAGCACUGCUUGAAUCUUGAAGAAGACAGAAAUGGUAUCACAGAAGUGCCAUGGGAAUUUCAAAAUAAAGGUGUAUCCUAAAGAUGACAAUAUGAAUCGCUUUACAUCAGUAACACUGGAUCAAUUGAAUUGAUUUCUCGAUCCAUAUUAAUGUAUCCCGUAGUUCUGGGUGACAAAUACAUGCCUUUAUCUUUUAAAGGCUAAAUAAUUUACUAAAACAGCUGAGCACUGGUUUGUUUUUUUUUUGUAUAUUUUUGGAGUAAAGAGUGAAUUUUGGUGCACAAAUUUUAAGCUGUGCAUUAAAACAUUUUGUGCAUUUUGGUCCUUCAAAUGUCUUAAAAUGCUUUAAAAACAGUUUUAUG